AUGGCAUCAAUAAGACAUAUAUUUCUUUUUUGUACUACGGUUGGCUUGAUUCAUAUAAUCCAAGGACAGGAUUGUGCUGAUCGAAAUCAUUGUCUAUCGCAGUGGGGUUAUUGUGGAACAGGAGAUGCAUAUUGUGGUGCCGGUUGUCAAAGAGGACCUUGCUAUGGCGGAAACGGAGGAAAUGGUGGCGGUGAUGGUUCUAUUAUUAACGAACAAACUUUUGCUUGUGCAUUCAACACACUUGAUGCUGGUACUAGACGCAGUCGAUAUCAAGGUCUUAAGGGUUCAGGCUGGAACCCAUCAAAUAAAGAUGAAGCAGCUGUUUUUCUUGCUCAUGUUUUCCAUGAAACUGAUGGUCUUAAAGUAAUUCGAGAAUAUUGUGCUCCAGGUUGUGGAUCUCAUUAUGCUGGAUCAUGGUGUGCUGUUCAAGGUGCACCAGGAAGAUUAUAUUAUGGUCGUGGCUGGUUUCAACUUUCUUGGCCAUGCAACUAUCAUGCAGCUGGACAAGCUUUAGGUUUAGAUCUUCUUAACAAUCCAGAUUUGGUUGAACAACAACAAGAUAUAGCAGUCAAAACUGCAAUAUGGUUUUUUAAUGCUAAUAAUAUGGCUGGACCAGCUAAACAAGGAGAUUUUGCAGCCACUACACGAAUCAUUAAUGGGGCAUUAGAAUGUAAUGGUGGAUCAGGAUAUCAAAGUCAGCUGACUCGAGUAGCAACAUACAAACGAAUUCGACAUUGUUUUGGUCUUGGAGAACCACAUAGAAAUCCUGUUUGUUAA